GGGAUCAGAUAGCAGAACAUUUUUACAACGCUAUACAGUAUAGGGUGGCAGCGGCCCAUAGAAACCAAUUGAAAGGUGUAAGGCUGUGAUUGUUUUAACGAAACAGUGUUAAAUGCAGCAUGGGCGAGCUUGAUGAUUCCAUAGACAUAUUUGUAUACUUUUCUAGGAAGUAAUUCGGAAGGUAGUGGUUUGCCAAUGUUUUCUGAUGGGAUGUUUUAUCAAUCUCCCAUUUUAAUCGUCAGCCCAGGUGGCCUUCGUGCCACGUAUUUACCAGGACGGACCAUGCUUAGCUUUUCAAAAACAAUUGUAGGAGGUUAGGAUCAGCAAAGAGGACUCUCUUGGGCUCAGUCGCCUUGCAUUAACAAACCACUGAAAACUCCAAGCGUUAACAUGUUCUUAUGAAAUAAGAACUCAAAGAGGAGCGAUUCCUGAAUCUAUGAAUGAACAGGUGUGGGAGAGAGGACCAGAAAGUCUUGUGUCAAAGACAAAGCUGAAUUCGAGCUUUCUCUGUUAGUUUUCACAGGCGGCCCCAAAUUAUCCCGGAAGAGGAUUGGAAAAAAGAGUGUGCAAUUGACAUGGAUGAGUGAACGUGCAUAACUAAGUGCGCAAAUGUAGGCGCACGAGCGACGGAUAACACCGCCGCCACCACCACCACGGAGGUCCCGCUGAAUCCGGGCGUCGCUCUCUCGUUUCAGGGCCAACCAGGCGAGCAGAUGAGCCAACCAGACUCGGAGCUUACAGCCGCGGUUCUGGCGCGCACCGGGCAAAGCCGCUGUGGGCUGCACGGAACUAAAGCCGUUUUCUUUGACUUGGACAACACGUUGAUCGACACCGCCGCUGCAGGCAGGAGAGCCAUUGCAGAGGUAAUCAAAACCUUACAAUCCAAGUAUCACUGCACUGAAAGAGAAGCUGAUGUGAUUUGUGACAAGGUCCAAGCCAAGCUCCUCAAAGAAUGCUAUGAUCCAUCUAAAAUACCAAUUACUAAUCUAAGGAUCCAACAUUGGGAAGGAGCUAUAAAAGAGGUAAAGGGAGGACCAGCCAAUCAGAAGCUGGCUAGAGAAUGUUACUUUCUUUGGAAGACCACCCGCUUGCAACACUUGACUUUGGCAGAGGAGACACGCAGGAUCCUCAGUGACCUCAGAAAAGUUGUCCGUUUGCUUCUGCUAACAAAUGGAGACACUGAGACACAAAGAGAAAAGAUUGAAGCUUGUGCCUGCCAGGAAUUCUUUGAUGCAAUUGUUGUAGGGGGAGAGCAGAAAGAAGAGAAACCAGCACCAUCCAUUUUUCUUCACUGUUGUGAACUUCUAGGAGUUCAGCCUGAGGACUGUGUGAUGGUUGGAGACUCUUUAGACACAGAUAUCCAAGGAGGGUUGAAUGCAGGUUUGAAGGCAACCAUUUGGAUAAAUAAAACUGGAACAGUUCCCAAGGAAACAUCUCCUGUUCCUCAUUAUACUAUUUCUUCUCUUCUCGACCUCCCCGGACUUUUAGUAGAUGAAAAUUUAGAAAUGAAUCAAGUGGCAGAUAAUGUAUGUGACAGUCUCACCAUGUAAUCUCAGAUUUUAGCCUUUUAGGAUUAUAGUUAAAGGGCAUUUCUACACAUGAAGCUUAAAUUGAUUUGCUCAAAGUGCUCUGUUCUCUCUUUUUUAAUUUUUACAUUCUGUCCCAUGUUAAACAUAUUUGAGUCUGUUA